UUUAAUGUGCUGUUCGGAGAGAAAAAGAACUUUUGUUAGAAAGGAGAUUUCAGAAGUGAUUUUGGAUCGUCUAUAAGUGUUUUUAGAGUUCUUGGGGACAGUAGCUCUCACCCUGGAAUAAGUUUCUGCCUUUGAUCUGCAUGGAUUAUUUUUUCAGACUGCGGAAUUUCUCGUCACCUACUUGUAGUAUGGGGCACUUGGUUUGGUUGCAGAGUAAGAAGGUGGAAGAAUGAACUGUACUUGGUUAAGCAGUUCAAACCUUUUUUGAGCAGGAUCUAUAAAAGCAUAAUUGAAUUUGUCACCCCCGUGGAUUCCAGUGGGCCCAACAGCGCAACAGGUUUGCAGAUUUCUUUUGAAAUUCUUUUUUUUUUUUCUCCCUCUGCCUCAGAAAAAGAAAAAAAUCUCUAUAGUAGGUUCAUAUUCAGUUGCUCRGCUUUUCAGCACUUAUUUUGAAGACUUUAUAUGAUUUUUAAACUUGACCCUGGAACACAACGGGUUUUGUGGGUGAAGUGCACUUAUGUUUACUUAAAGGUGCACAUUUAAAAACCUUAUUCUGUGUUUAUCCAAAGCUCCCAAUUCGUAUAUGUGCUUACAAAUAGCACAGAUCUACCCAGGCUUCAUUGUAUUUUUUCARGGUGUUCUACUUAAAGCCUGUGACUAAUCACCUUCCUAAUCCCCCUAUCUUUUAUUCCCCACCCCCUCAAGGAAUUUGAAAACGUGUUAGGAAUAGUCCUUUGUUUUUCUUAUGAAUUUAGAAAAUUACGGAUUAUAAAAUCUGGAUAUUACUUUACCAAAGCAUCUCAUGGGAAAUCAAAGUGCUUGGCAUUCCCAAGCUGGAGAGUAGAAUUUGGAAUCCCUAAGAGAGAAACGAAAACGGAGAUAGAAAUAUGAACUUUAACUGGGAAAGAUAGUUGGAAACUAUACCCUUUUCAUAUAUUCUAAUUUUCAAAGUUAGAAAAGGUUGUGAUGUUCAGGAUUAUCCAUAAUGUGUGAGGAUAUAUAAAUUAGCACCUAAUUUAUAGGCAACUUUAAGAAAACCCCCCAAAUUAUAGUAUGUCCAAGUUUAUGAAAAAUAUUUAAAUUCAAUGGACCUAGAACUUUGGGCUACAGUGAAAUUCAAUUUAACAUGGAAACUUCUCUGUGUGCUGUAGCAUCUUUGGACAUCCCUCAAGGUGUGGCAUGAAUUUUUUUAUCAUUCCGUCUCUUCCCCUAUUAAAAAACAAAUCUCCUGUGGUCUUUAAUUAUUUACAGUUGACACAUUUUGUGGCUUAAAAGGGCCACUUCUCCAUUGUCUAAGCUGGAGUUCUUCACUCUCACYUUUGAUGCAUGGCCUUAGCUGUUUACUUUGUCUUGUUUUGUUCAUCAACAUUGGGGUUAGUUGGUCGACAACUUGAUGCAUAUGGAAGACCAACACCAAGUGAUCUGACAUAAUAAAAAUUCAUAAUGUGACGUUCAAUUUCAAGCAAAGUUGGAAAUUCCAAAAAGAAGUGGUGGUUUUUUUGCUAGUCAGAGUGAAAAUGGAAGAAAAUGACAUACCUGCUGCAGAAGUGGGCUGAAAACAGUCUUCUCUGCCCAAUCAGGAAUGCCACCUGUUCUUGGGAAUAUACUGUAGAGAAAGGAAGGGUCAAAACUGUGACUUGGCUUUCAGAAACAGAAGCAUAAAUUUUCUCUUCCUGCAUUUGUCUGGAUCUGAGAACCUGCACUUGGUGUUAGCCAGUGGAAGCAGUAUGUAUGGCCGAAGUGCAUUGCUGCAGCUGGUAGCAUGAGUGGUAGCCACCAGCUGCAGCUGGCUGCCCUCUGGCCCUGGCUGCUGAUGGCUACCCUGCAGGCAGGCUUUGGACGCACAGGACUGGUACUGGCAACAGCGGUGGAGUCUGAAAGAUCAGCAGAGCAGAAAGCUAUUAUCAGAGUAAUCCCUUUGAAAAUGGACCCCACAGGAAAACUGAAUCUCACUUUGGAAGGUGUGUUUGCUGGUGUUGCUGAAAUAACUCCAGCAGAAGGAAAAUUAAUGCAGUCCCACCCCCUGUACCUGUGCAAUGCCAGUGAUGAUGACAAUUUGGAGCCUGGAUUCAUCAGUAUCGUCAAGCUGGAGAGUCCCCGACGGGCCCCUCGCCCCUGCCUGUCACUGGCCAGCAAGGCCCGGAUGGCCGGUGAGCGAGGAGCCAGUGCAGUUCUAUUUGACAUCACAGAGGAUCGAGCUGCCGCUGAACAGCUGCAGCAGCCCCUAGGACUCACUUGGCCAGUGGUGCUCAUCUGGGGCAAUGAUGCAGAGAAGCUCAUGGAGUUUGUAUAUAAGAACCGGAAAGCCCAUGUGAGGAUUGAGCUGAAGGAGCCCCCUGCAUGGCCAGAUUAUGAUGUAUGGAUCCUCCUGACAGUGGUGGGCACCAUCUUUGUGGUCAUCCUGGCUUCUGUGCUGCGCAUCCGGUGCCGCCCCCGCCACAGCAGGCCGGACCCCCUUCAGCAGCGAACAGCCUGGGCCAUCAGCCAGUUGGCCACCAGAAGGUACCGGGCCAGCUGCAGGAGGGCUCAGGCUGAGCGGCCAGACUCAGGUAGCAGCUGUAGCUCAGCCCCUAUGUGUGCCAUCUGCCUGGAGGAGUUCUCUGAGGGCCAGGAGCUUCGGGUCAUUUCUUGCCUCCAUGAGUUCCAUCGCUCCUGUGUGGACCCCUGGCUACAUCAGCAUCGGACUUGUCCCCUCUGCAUGUUCAACAUCGUAGAGGGAGAUUCAUUUUCCCAGCCCCUUGGACCCUCUCGAUCUUAUCAGGAACCAGGCAGGAGACUCCACCUCAUUCGCCAGCAUCCUGGCCAUGCCCACUAUCACCUCCCUGCUGCCUACCUGUUGGGCCCUUCUCGGAAUUCAGGCACUCGGCCCCCUCGACCUAGACCCUUUUUACCAUCCCAGGAGCCUCGGCACCAACGUAUCCCCAGAGCUGCACAUCUCCGGGCUGCAGGUGAACAACAGCGUCAGGCAGUGGCUCAGCACCCCUAUGCUCAGGGAUGGGGGCUGAGCCACCUCCGAUGCACAUCUCAGCACCCCACAUCUUGCCCAGCGCCUCUGCGCCGGGCUAGGCCUCAUGACAGCAGCGGGUCUGGAGAAAGCUACUGUACAGAACGCAGUGGCUACCUGGCAGAUGGGCCAGCCAGUGAUUCCAGUUCGGGGCCCUGUCAUGGCUCUUCCAGUGACUCAGUGGUCAACUGUACAGACAUCAGCCUGCAAGGCAUCCAUGGCAGCAGCUCUACCUUCCGCAGCUCCCUGAGCAGUGACUUUGACCCCUUGGUGUACUGUAGCCCUCAAGGGGACCUACAGGGGGAAGAGAUGCAAUCCAGUGUGACCUCUCGGCCCCGUUCCUUGGACUCAGUAGUGCCCACUGGGGAAACCCAGGUUUCUAGCCAUGUCCAUUACCACCGGCACCGACACUACCACUACAAAAAGCGGUUCCAGUGGCAUGGCAGGAAGUCUGGCCCAGAAACUGGAGUCCCCCAGUCCAGGCCUGCUUUUUCUCGGACACAGCCUCAGCCAGAACCACCUUUUCCUGAUCAGCAAGUCACCAAAUCCAACCCAGCAGCUCUUUCGGGGCAGCCCUCCAAUCCACAUCGGCCCAGGGCCCUCACAGAGCCAGCUUCUGACCCACCUGAAGCUGCCAGUUCCAGCCCCAGUUCCCCUGGUCUUUUAAACUUGCAGAAAUCCAGUCUCACUGUUCGACAUCCACAGAGAAAACGGCGGGGUGGUCCCUCAGAUCCCACUCCAGCCUCUCGGCCUCAGGAUUUGACUGUGCACCCGGCUUGCCAGAUGUUCCCGCAUUACAGCCCCAGCCUGGCAUACCUUUGGCCCCCAGAGGCCCACCCGUUGGUCUUUAGACCUCCAGGCCUGGAUAGGAGGUUGCUACCAGAAGUUCCAGGCCCCUGUUACUCAAGUUCACAGCCAGUGUGGUUGUGUUUGACUUCACGCCAGCCCUUAGGUCCUCACCCACCUGGGGAGGGGCCUUCCGAAUGGAGUUCUGACACCCCAGAGGGCAGGCCAUGCCCUCACCCACACUGCCAGGUGUCGCCAGCCCAGCCAGGAUCAGAGGAGGAGCUUGAGGAGCUGUGUGAACAGACUGUGUGAGAUGGUCAGGCCAAGCUCCAACCAAGAGUGUGCUUCAGUCAUUUAGACUCCUACCUGGCACGAAGUCCACUUCUGGGAGAAGAAAGGACCUCAGCAAACACCCCCCUUUUUGCCAUACUUCCUGUAACCACUAGGAGAGGAAUGGUGAUAUGGGGGUAGGGGGCUACUGUUUCCAGAUCCUGGCUCUAGGUAUUGUCUGCAGUGCAGAGAGCCUGUGUCCAGCCAGGCAGCCUGCUUCUACCUGUGUGCAUUUGUGGGCUGGAUCCAGUGCUGAGCUGUCGAGGGAAGGAAGCUGGGGUGGGUAGCUAGGUGUCACAAAGGUGCUGCUCCUUCCCCCAGCCCUGCUCAUUCUCCCUCCCCAGGCCUCAUGUUCAUACCAGCCAAUGCAUUCAGCUGAAUGCAUGACCCUUCUCACCUCCUGCCUUGAGUGAUCUCUGCACAUGAGCUUUGGCUCUUCUCUGGAAGGCCACAGCAUCAGGGGCAACCCCUAGUUUUCUUAUUUUCCUUCUUUACAAAAGGACGAGGAGCAUAGGUAACCCCUAACCCCUAAAAAGGGAGGUCUCUGCAGCUUUUCUAGGCAGUGCAUAAGGAAGAAUAUUUUCCCCUUCUUGUCCUUGAAUUGUUCUUAAWAUGGCAGAUCCACAAUAUUAAGUCAGAGAGAUGCUCUGGGAACCCAGGGCAUAGAGUUCUAUCCUGAGGUGGGAGCAGCUCCUUGAAGAAUGUGGAAUGAAGCUUUUGAUCUUCCAACUCCCUCUAUCAGCCCAGUUCCUCAGGGGAUGGAGGAAAGGGAGAGGGAAUGACUCUUCCUUGAAGAUCUUCUGUUUCAAAGACCCAAAACAGGCAAAAAGGAGAGAAUUUCUGAUUGACUUUGGGAAGGAGGAGGAUGGAAUGAAGGUGGAAAAUACAAAAUUACAGCUGAGAAAAACAACCAAGAGUUCUUCUCUGAGAGAAGUUUUGUCUCAGAACAGGGAUGGGGAACAGGGGAAAACAAAGGAAGAGCAAAGUAUGACCCCUUAGGUUUGGAGGGCCCAGAGGCCCAGCUCCUCAGUAUAAGCCAUGUAGGCCAGGGACCAACCAGAAGGUGUGCACCCAAGUAGAGCUGGAGUAGAAAGUUGGCCUGGGUAUCUUGUACUGAAUGAGCAAGGGCUGGGGGACUUCCUGAGGGUGACAUUCACUUCAGGACAUUCUGAUCAUUUCUAGUCCCUCAGGCUUUAUCCUUGCCUAGAAUGUGAAUGUGGGGGCAAAAUGGGCACGGGAUUCUACUUGGUAAUGUUCUUCCCUCAAUGUCAGCGGGGAGACUAGCACCUAGGCACCCACAUGGGUAUUUAUAUCUGAACCAGACAGAAAGACGCUUGAAUCAGGCACU